CGUUUGCAGACCUAGUUGCUUGAGAAGGAAUGGCUACUGUUGUAGAGUAUUACGUUGUGUAAGUUACCUAUGUAUUACACUGGCAGUUACUGUGUAUAUAAUGAUGGUUAAAUCCAGACUACAUGUAUUAGAUGACUCAUUGCUACAGCUUGACAAAUGCCCUGCUUGUUUUGGAAUAUGGGAAAGUGUUUGUCAGGCUAUCUUGUCUGGAGCAAUUGAAGUAAAAGACAACUAUUUCUGGAAUAGCGAGUCUGUGAAAGGCGUAUGGUAUGGUACAUGGAAUAGUUUACCAGUGGUGCUGAAACAACUUGGACAUGGUGGUGAAUUAGCUACAUUAGACCAAGAAAUAUGUCUUAAUGCAACAGAAACAGUCACUAAAUAUUGCAAUGUCCAUGAAAAAGUGUGGAGAUCAUUUCUUAAUCCAGCAGUCUCGUUCAAAAGGUUGAAUAUUUUAUAUUAUUAUUUAUUUAACAAUUGAAAGCCUUAAGCUCACAUCAAGCUCAGUGACGUAAUCAAGAGGGGCUGAAAAAAGUCCCUGGAGGGGCCCAAGUAAUUUUACCCUGCACUAGUUCAAAUAAAGUUUGUCUAUUGUGAAAAUGUAUUUGGACUAUCAGCACUAUAUUCAUAUGUAUAAUAGAGUACUAUUGUCUAUCAAUUUUUAGGAGGGUCUGCAUGGGGGUUAAUGCUCCCCCAGGGAAAUUUUAGAUUCUAGAGUUGGUAAAGUGCCAUUUUCAGCAUUUUGGAGGCUUAAGUUUAAAGAUGUGGUACAGUCUGUAUGUAAACAAAGGCUUUGUUUACAUUUCAGUAUCCAAAAUAUUGAAUUUUAUUUGAUAACUAUUUAUAUUCUCAUGAUUCUAGAGUAUAAUAAAUUAUCAAGAGACAACAAUCAAGCUUUGCAAAAACAUAAAAUGAAAUAAAAACCUAAAUAAACUGUUUGUAAAUAAAAAGAGGGCUCCUUUGUGCACGUGCGCAGAUCGGACUGUACCGCGUACAUCUUUAAUGUGUUUUCAAUUGAUGAUUUUCAAUAACCAUUUAGCAUAUAACAACUCUAUAUGCUAAUAAUCACAAACGAAUCCAGAACAUUUAAAAUGUAGGAAGAUAUAAAAUUUCCAUUUCAAGAAAUGAAAAUAUAAAUGAUUGCACAUGCUUGUACUGAUGGGGGGGGGGGGAAUAUUCUGGCAGGGGGACUGGGCCCCUGGCUAUGUCACUGCUUAGGCUGUGUUAGUGUUAAAUGAAUUAUAAGUGAAAUUGUCACUUGUAGUCAGGGCCGUUGAGAGGGGGGACUAAAUUAGGGGUGCACCGGAACCAGUUUUUUUAAGUUCCCGACCGGAACUGGAAAAAAGUUCCAGCCGGAAGUUCCGGCCGGAACCGGAACUAAUAUAUUAAGCCAUAUAUAGUCAUAUGUUACUUUGUCUACUGCCAGACAGGCAGACACUUCAAGUCAUCAAGGAGAGAGCUUGCAAAUGUUAGAAUAAAAAGAUUGACGAACGUUAAACACCAUAAUGAAGUGUUAUAGUGUAUAUUUCCCUUGCGUAGUCCAAAUUUCUUCCUACUGUGACCUUUUGUUAGACACAAAAACGUUUGAUAUUCUAUCUCUCUGAAACAGACAGAGUUUCGGUUCCGGCCAUGCUUUUUUUACUAGUUCCGGCCGGAACUGGAACUCUAAAAAAUCGGGGUUCCGGCCGGAACUAACCGGCCGGAACCGAGUUCCGGUGCACCCCUAGACUAAAUUGCCCCGGGCCUCCACCUUAAUAGGGUCCCAACUUUAGAGUGAGAGCCUAAAAUUGAGUAGGUUCUUUAAAUUGGUCAGAGAAUUUUUGAAAUUGAGGGCCCCUUACAGUAGCUCCACAUGCAGUCUAGCUAAGGUCUAGUUGGGUCUAGCUUAAAAAUAAAGAUGUCAUGGGGCCUCCGAGGAAGAUUUGCCCUGGGCCCCACAAAUUCUCUCGGCGGCCCUUCUUGUAGUUGUGGUUAUCUUGAAUCAAACUUAGUCGCUGGAUAUUUCUUUAUUGGCAGUUCUUCUAAUGAAAUGACUCCUGAGCCUAGAUGAAGAAUAAGGGCCUUCCUUAUUGGUCCAGUGUUAGUCUGUGUUACAGUGUUUGGUAGAGUUUAAUUGAGAAAAAUAGUCAAACAUUAAAACAAACCCAUAUGCAUCAAUACCAGGACAGAAAUGUCCAACGACAUACUACUACUCAGCAGUGGCAUAGCCAUGCAGCCCAACAAUUUAGUCCUGCUAUGCAAAUUCAAAAUUAUUAUCAUUAUUCAUUUCUUCAGAAAUUGGUUGUUUUCACAGUCAAUGAACACGAAAAUAUUACAUAGUGGGACUAAAUCGUCGGGCUGGCUACGCUACUGCUACUCAGACUGGGUACGAGGUUGACUACUACUGUUCUUAAUGUACAUGCCACUAUUAACCUAAAAUAUAAUUUUUGGAAAUUGCAAUAAAUCUUAUUAAAAAGUUUGUCUUUAUCAUCUUUUUUCACUGCCAAAGUUGCUGGGUAUGAUGUCAUUACAUGAAAUUUAGCAACAACUAUUUUCCAUUGUCAACACCCUCAAUGACAGGUUUGACAGUUAAAAAGUGUCAAAGAUGAGGUUUUUACUAUAGAGAUAUGACAUUUCUUUUCACAAUUAUCCAAAUAUUACCACACAUGCCAAAAAUCAUGUUUGGGGUUUAGUGCAUAGGCGUAGGAGAGGGGCCACAAUAGUUUUUAAGUCAGGCAGAUUAUACUUAAAAAUUGGGCAGAUUCUACUUGAAAACCAAGCACAUUCUACUUAGAAACACGACGCAUAUUAAAAUAGUCGAAAAAGCACGAAAUAUUUAACAUUCCCCCUCCCCCCACGACAAACGUUUUGGGAAGUUCAUGACGGAAAAUUUUUUUGUGAUACGUCGGGAAAUCUAUUAAAAGACUAAAGUUGGGCAAAUAUUUGUUAGCCCCCUCAGUUUUUCCUUCCCUGACGUGACACGCCUGUGAGUGGCACCUUUAAGGCCAUGUUACACGGUGCAAUUUUUCUUGCAACUUGCAAUGCAAUUCUACUCUUGAGAGAUGCAGAUGUAAAAUUCCAAAUACGAGUCUUCAUUACUCCGCUGAUGUUUUACUGAUUUCACUAAUUAACAUCUCUCAAGAGUAGAGUUGCAUUUGCAAGUUGCAAGAAAAAUUGCACCGUGUAACAUGGCCUUUAAUCACAUUCUUAUCAUUAAAUGCCACAUGCAUUCCUUGACUAAAAAUCUCAAAUUCUACUAUUUUCCCUUUCAUUCAUUUUCCAGAUAUUUAUUGUUUUCCAAACAUGAUAUUUUAAUGUAACUUUAAGUGCAGUUAUGCAGUUUAUGGAAUGCCCAUGUGAACAGUUUGCCUCGCUGGUGGAAAACAAGUUGAAAAAUAAAAUGAAUGUGGUACGGUUGGAUCAGAAAAUCAUGGCAAUAACAAACCUACAUUUUAAUCAAGAAUUGUUGUUUUUACAGGUAGAGGACACAUAGAUUGUGGAAGAAGCUUCAUACUUUUGCCAUAUAUUUCUCACCGAGGUUUACACUGGAUAACUUUCCGUAGGACGUGAAAAAACCUAUCCGUACCUUAACGCUAUUUUCCGGGAAAUUUAUAUUGCAAAGGAGAGAUGUUGUUUCGAGAUCAGCUUCUGAAAGUUGUACGUUCCAUAUCAGAUAGGUGCUUUUUCGCGCCGCUUUGGAGAGCUAUCCGCUAUAGCAUUGUGUGUUUUGAUAUCAUUGUCUUGUCGCAGAGACAAUAAAAGCUGAAGUUUGCUCAGCCAACCCUCUCCCUAACCGUGCCUAACAUCUGAUCAGGUGAAGCGAAAUGAAGCCAGAGUGUUUGCAUAUCUAGCUACAUGGCAAUCUUGAUUAAAAAUACGCAAUUUUCUAGCAUUUGCAAGUUAGUCAAGAUAUCAAUGUUCAUUUUCACAACCCUCUGUUCACAACCGAUCCGUGGGGGACGGGUUAAUAACUGUUGGGGUUUACUGUAAAUGUAUUAUUAUGAUCAUUGUUGACUGUAUAUCCACACCAGGCGAGCUUGAAAAAUAUGCCCGGCCACGGUGGGAAUCGAACCUACGACCUUUGGAAUACUAGCCCAAUGCUCCGCCAACUGAGCUACGUGGUCAGGUCAGUUCGAGUAAGUGAUAUUUCGGAACAGAAUCUAGUUCCUUCGAUACCAAUGUAAUCUAGUAAUAUGAUUUUUUCUAUGUUGGUGUUGUGUACUCGGGUGAAUAAGAUGAUGUUUGUGAUGUUACUCUGAGUGUAUAUCCACACCGGGAGAGCUUGAGCUUGCUUUACUCGAACCGUCCUGACCGCGUAGCUCAGUUGGCAGAGCAUUGGGCUAGUAUUCCAAAGGUCGUAGGUUCGAUUCCCACCGUGGCCGGGCAUAUUUUUCAAGCUCGCCUAGUGUGGAUAUACACUCAGAGUAACAUCACAAAUAUCAUAUUCACCUGAGUACACAACACCAACACAGAAAAAAUUAUCACUACAUUUAAAAAGAAAAGAGGUCACUUCGCGCGAAAAAAUUCACGGAAAACCGGCUUUAACGCUCAUUUUCCACGAGGUGAAUUUGUUCGCGCGAACAGUAAAAAGCAGGAGCUGAUCCAACUUUUUCGCGGGAAAUUUUUUCGCUGAUGAUUACUUUGCCAGGAUUUGUUUUUCGCGUCCCGCGAAAAAAUUCACCUAGUGGAAAAUGGGCUUUAAUAAGGGUACGCUCUGGGAAAAGGCUGAUUUCCACAGUUGCGUUUUUCGUACGCACGUACACGCACGUAAAACUUUGAAUCCUUCUAUUUUUUAAAUAUUUUACAAAUAAGUUAACAAAUGCAUACUAAAACUUGCGGAACACUAAAUUCUGUUGCUUUUUUUUUUUUUUUGUAUUUUACCCGGUAUAAGUAACAUUUAAACGGAUUUAAAGUUUUACGUGCGUAUACGUACGUAUGAAAAACGCAACAGUGGAAAAGUCAGAGCACUAUUUGUACACACGUUUUUGUAAAUAGUAAUUAUGGACGACCUCAAACAAAUCCUUGGUUACCUAAGUAUUGCCCGCUAGGCCUGGUACAUCCUCUUACCCAGGGUGGCCGUGGCACCGAGCACAAGAGAAAAUAGCCUGUGUACGAGGUUGGGCCUGGUCAGUGGGCCUGGUAUUCCUUCGUUUCCUUCCCAAGGAUCGCAGGCUCGGGGAACGAGAUUGCCUGGUAUUGGGAUUUAAUGGAAAAUGUCGACCUCCUCCCAAACCUAAUUACUGAAAUCACGUGAUUAUAAACAUUAUAUAUAUAUCUAAUAUUGUUUCAGGUAUUUUCCGAGCGAUAUUCAAAUUUUCUGCCAGCAUUAUACGGUGCGUGUGGAAGGGUUAUUGUGGUUGAAUAUGUUGGCCCAAGUCUAUCGUCGGCAUUAGAUCGUCCUUGGCAAGAACGUGUUAAACUAAGCAUUAAACUCAUUCAGUUGGCGCGUACUUUCACAAGAACAGAGGAUAACAUGGCUUUAUAUAUGUAUGAUGUUGUGAUGAGUAAUUUUGCACUGGAUAAUCAUGGCAAUGUGAAGUUAAUUGAUUGUGAACAUGUUCUUAUAGCAGACAUGAGUGCUAUUAAUCACACUUAUGGUAAGUUUACGUGCAGUUCACUGCUUUAUCUCAUACCUAGCGUAUUAGCGGACUCACCUCCCUGCAAGUAUGUUUGUUAUAAUAUAUACCUUAUAAUCGGGGAUAAGUGGGAUUGUGGAGCUUAAAAAUUCCUCAUUCGCAGGGGUAAACUCUAAAGUCUAAUAAUUGGCGUUUGAAAAUACAUGAAAUUCCGCAUUAAAUUCGGUUAAGCCCUGGUUAAAACCCGAGGUUCAAACGUCGUGCUGAUGUAAUAUGACUUGAACUCAUCAUUGGAUAUAGACUUGCUCCAAGUCUCUCUUUCAUUGACAUAUAGUACCGAUCCACUAUAGUGUACAUUACAUGACGUAGAACGGAGGGGCGGAGCGAGAAAGAGAGACUUGUCAACUUCGGAAAGUCUCGGUUCAAACAUAGUUAAUAGAAGAGAUGGUUUGGAAAUCAUUAGAAUAACAAUAUAACUCAUUAUCUAUGUUAGUCAACGUUUAUUCAUAAAUAUGGUCCUUCACCGUCACGUGUUUAUUGUAUUUUUGCCAAAUCCACCAAUAGCAAUUUCCAAUUUACCCUAUUGUUCGCGUCACGGAUAGGUAACUUUCCUAAAACAUUGCAAUUGGUUAGUUGGGCACAAAUACAAUACGCACGUGACGGUGAAGGGCCAGAUUUAUGAAUAAACGUCGACUAACAUAGAUAAUGAGUUAUAUUGUUAUUCCAAUAAGUUUCCAAACCAUCUCUUCUAUUAACUAUGGUUCAAAACUGAACCGAAAAUGCAAGACUUGCUUUAAUUGUUUUCUGUCAGUGUUUAUAUGUAUUGAUCUAGCACAGUGUAAAUAACAUGAGUUCCAUUAUAGUAAAUAAUACAGAAAGAAAUUGAAGGAAAGAAUUAAAGCAAGUCUUGCAUUUUCGGUUCAGUUUUGAACCGAGAUUUUCCGAAGUUGACAAGUCUCUCUUUCUCGCUCCGCCUCUCCGCGCUACGUCAUGUAAUAUACACUAUAGUGGAUCGAUAUGACAAUGAAAGAGAGACUUGGAGCAAGUCUAAUCAUUGGACGGACACAAUUACCAGGGCUGCUGUGAAAACUAAAGUCUUAGGCACUUCCGUUUAAUAACUUUUUCCAUUUUGUCUAUUGGCUAACCCUAUAUUUGUAAAGAAUAAAAUAUUAGAGUUCUUUUGACGUGAGAUUUUGAAUUGGCUUCUGCAAAGACUAGAAUCUAGAAAUUUGACAUUGAUAUACAGUUAUACACUUGAUUGGAAACUUUAAUUUAUUGAAGGUUUUUUCGGGUAUUUUUCGUAUCGGAACGCUUUAACAAACUCGGAUCGGAUUCGGAUCAGACAAUUAUGGAUCGGAUUUCAAAAAAUUUACCAAUUUUUGGAUUGUAUAAACCUCCAAUCCGAUGCACACCUCUAUCUCAACUCGAUAAUUAAAAUUAAACUAAGAUCUGGUUUGCAGCCAGUAGUUUUCCAUAUAAACAGUGGCUUUACUCCGCUUGAGAUAACUCGCAUGCAUAGUUACUGCCUAGUUGCUAUUGUUUCAGUGCAAUUUCAGUACUCCAGUUUACCAAAACAUGCAAUAGAACAAAUUAAGGUAACUUCGCAUUAGAAUUGUCCAAAUACGACUUACUCAUGUAAUAAUGCUUAGUUACCUUUGUUCUCUCCUGUGCUUUCGUAACAACUAAGCGUACGAGUUAUCACAAGUUUUGAACUAGGCAUAACGCUAGCAUAUUUGUUUGGAAAUUUUGAUUUCUGUUGCAAGGUCGUUGGCAAUUUCAAACUACGUGAUUAUCAAUUUCACAAUCAGGUUUUGGAAGUAAACGUUCUGAUUGGCUAAACCAAUGGCAAUGUUCAAGUUUCUAAACCCUGCUAACUUUGCAGCCAUUCCCGAGAAAUUCGCAAAAUUUGUGGCUAAAGUGGCAUGGAAUCAAUUGUAGUGUUCUAAAAUGGUAGACGAGGGGGUUCUAGUUCACUUCCCCGAUGCUCAGCGAGGUGAACUAGAACCCUCCUCACCUAUAUACUACUUAAAAUUGCGCAACUGUUUUAUCUAAAUAAGUUGCUUUGAAGUCUACCAACUUCGUACGAGUCUACAUGGUGAGAAAUCUAAAGCUUUCGAUGCGUAUUCCAUAAAACUUGGUGUUGUUUCCAGUGAUAAAACCAGGCGUUAAGAAUCUAAAGUCUUAAUACGAACUAAACUUGGUGUUGUUACGAACUAAAACCUGGGGUUUUUAUACUAAACCUGGUGUUGUUACGAACUAAAACCUGGUGUUUUUCACGUUAAUACAAAAUAAUAAAGACAUUUCUCUCGCCGCAGUUAGUAAAACUGAAGAUUUCUGCGCUACUGAUCAUUUCCAGUGUUUGACAUUUGUGCCACAAGACUUGUGCCGAGGACAAGCUCAAGACCACAAUUAUUACGCAAUAUGUAGGAACAUUCUUGCGGCUGUCGGUGGCUCCAGAGGACUUCUUCACUCCCCUCCAGAUGGUGAAAUAAAAUCCACGCUGAAAUAUCUACUUUACAAUUGUGUAUAUAGUAAAGAAAUGAGUAGAGAAAGAGCUAUAGACAAAUUAGAAAAACAACUUUAUAGAUAUGCAAGGUAA